AUGCGCGGCCCCGUGGUCAAAGGGUUCGGGCGGGGUAGCAAGAUGCUGGGGAUACCCACCGCGAACCUCGACGUGUCGCCGCUCAAGCUGCAGGCUGACGCGUUGGCUCCGGGUAUCUAUUUCGGUUGGGCGGCGGUGGCCAAGGAGGACCGUCGCGACGUCGGCGGCGGGGUGUACAGGAUGGUGAUGUCGAUCGGUUGGAACCCGUUCUUCGACAACGCGAAGAAGACGAUCGAGCCGUGGCUGCUGCACGAGUUCGGCGGGGAUUUCUACGAUCAGGAGCUGAGGCUGCACGUGUUGGGAUACAUCCGGCCGGAGGCGAACUUCACGACGCUGGAGGACCUCGUCAAGCGGAUACACAGGGACGCGGAGGUGGCGAAGACGUGUUUGGCGCUGGAGGAGUUCGCCAAGCACGCGCACGACCCGUUCCUCGUGGAGGGUCUCGUGCCAAACUGA